AUGAACUCUAUGAACUCUUCGACUUCUUCUGAAAACGUGUUUAUAAAUUCAUUCAGCUAUUUGAAUCAGACAUCACAAGGUGUAAUCCCAGGCAACUCCACCUUCGCAAAUGUUAUCAACUUUCCUUAUAGAUUAGGACUAUCCUUUGUGGGAGCUGUAAACUUGCAGUACCAGCAAACCGUUAAAUCUGAAGAAAUCCCCCCAACGCUGAGGUCUGUUUUUGAUACAAUAGGGUUCUUUUUCAGCCCAUACGCCGUAUUUUGCUUCGUAAUCGCAAUCGUGCUGAACCGAUUCGUCGUAUUUUACUCCGUCCUCAACAACGGUGCCAGGCGUACGUUACCAUUAUGGUUGAGCAAUAUUUUCCAUAUAUCAGCAGUAGUUGUGUUGAUAGCAGUAUCAUUAGGUCCACUAGUCUUGGGAAAAGAUUUCAAAAUAUUAAGCAACCCUGUUUUUGCCCAAGAAAAAAUUUUACUGAAUAUAUUCUACACUUUUGCUUACUCUUAUUGCGUGGAAACCAUAUUUACCAUCAUGCGUAAUUCCAGUCCUUUGGAAGGUACUGACUAUUCUUUGUUUGAACUUUCAAUUCAGUUUUAUACAAUGACUAAUAAUGAUACUAAACUUAUCGAUUCUGCCGAUUACACCGUAGAUUGUUCGAUGGCUAUUCUGAGCAGGAUAUUGAUUCACUUAGUGGAAAUUUUUAGGCUUAGAAAUUAUCGUCUAAUUUUCAGUACCAUUAUGAACCUCUGUCAUAUUUGUUACUUAGGGAUAAGAGUUAAGAAGGGCGGCUGGAAAAGCCUUCCAUUUUCAGUGAAAUUUAGACACUUCCCAAAACUAUUCUCAGUCUCUAUUAUCUGCAUAUCAUUAUUGAUUUUUGAAUUGUCAUGUUUGAUUAGGUGGAAUCCAUUUGCGAAGUCUCGUAACUCUUGCGAGCUUUUACAGUUUUACCCCCUCAGUAGAAAUUGGAAAAAGUAUUUAAAUUACACAGGAGAAGAAGAUUUUUCUGCUAUGGCCACCAAGUUCGCACUAUUAUUAUGCUCAGGAACUGAACUAAUGGAGAAGGGCAUACGCAGAGAAUUUCCGGCUAUUAAUAUUCCAGAUAAUGUCAAUGAAAGAUUCUUCAUUAGCGGCUAUUUGAACGAACUUGCUAAACCAUGCAAAGAGGAUACAUCCAUUAAUUGCCCAAAAUACCAUUCAUCAAUAUCAAGGCGAAGGUAUUUUUUGAUGCUACCAAAUUUUAUAAUAUGCAUUAUAAAGAAGCUUGUAGGCCAAGUAUUCUUUGCCUUCAGGGAUAACAAAAACGAUGAAAUUCCUGACAACGAGCCAUCAAAAAUUUUGAGGAUAGCUGAAAUGAACCCUCUGAAUAAUAGUGAGCCUAAUAGUGCCGAUCACAAAGAAGGUAUUGAACUUGAACUAUUGAAUACAUCCGAUGAUGACUAUUCUGAAGACUACGAACCUUCUGAAGUUGAGUCACUUAGGGAUUCUGAUGAGGAGGAUCUGGAAGAAGAUUCACUAAUUUUUAACGAAACUCGGGAUGCCCUACUGGAUUUAUUUUCUUCCAAAGAUACUGAAAUCCGUACUGAUUAUAACUGGGUCAUUUCAACUAGCCACAUACUCCAGCAAAAACUAUUUUCGAAUAAAAUUUUAACGAGGGCAUCUGUCUUAGAUACCACAUCAAAUGAAGUGAAUGAGUCCUUUGGUGCAGAACGUGAUUUUGAUUUAUCUUGCGCAGUAUGCAAAGUCAAUGAAAGAAAUACAGUAUUAUGGCCCUGCCGAUGUUUUGCCCUUUGCGAGGAUUGUAGAAUUUCUUUGGGCUUACGCGGGUUCAGCACUUGUGUGUGUUGUAGGAGUAAAGUUCACGGGUACUGUAAGGUUCAUCCAAUUUCAGGUAGUAAAUAA